AUGACCACGCGCCUCGGAGGCACGAACAAAAAAUUCCUUGUCUGCUCUGGAUCCGAUCAGAAGAGUGGCUGUUUUAAGAUGGAGCGUGGAGCAAACAGCGAUGUGUUCUUUUUGACGGAUGAAAAGUUUGACUUCGACGUGUCACUGUCGCCAGCCAGUUCUACAGGUGAAGACAUUGAGGACGAGGUGUUUGUUGGUCCCGUCAGCCACAGCGAACGUUGCGUGUCCGUGAGCCUUGCGUCUCGUCUUGGAAACCGCUGCAUCAAGACGAGCUGGAGCCCUCUGUCUGGAGACCAACUAGAAGCCAUCUGUGAAGAAGCACAAAAACUGGCCAGUGAACUACAGGGUCGGGAGCAGACUCAGACCAAACCUGCGCUCAGAAGCAGAUCUGGGAUCGGAGUAGGAGUGGUUUUACCCAGUCGACCUGCGGCGCCCUCAGCCUCACGAUCCUUCAGUGCCAAGAAUCAAGUGAAGACCAGACUGCAGCCUCCCGGAAAAUUGUCAAGCAGUUGGCGGCGCAGUCCAAACUCGAGCAGGACCGGUUCAUGUGAGGACCUCCUCUCGGACUCUGCGAGCGUGGCGUCGGAUGUCAGUGACUCGUCUCUGAACUCGAGCACUGUGAGCAAACGAUCACUGGCCCCGCCCUCCAAGUCGGUCCAGACUCGCUCUGGAGUGAAGCCUCCGUCAGACAGCAGACUUAGGAACACGUCCUCGUCUUCAUCCUCUGUGUCCAGCUUCAACUCCAGCAUCUCCCUCUCUCCAGCAAACAAAGGUAAAUCUAACUCGAGCUCCCAGUGCAGCAUGACCAGAGCCACACAGAAGGGUCGUUCUGUGGCCCCACAGCCCUCCAAUCCGCCGCUGGCUGCAGCUGGUCGCAGGUCCCUGAGCCUUCAGAGCCGAAAACCCUCCAACCCGUUAGCCCUGAAGAGAUCAGAGUCCCCCACACAGACCCCAGUGAGGAAGGGCACAGACCGGACCAGCUCUGUGCCCUCCGCUGUCAGGGCCCAGAGUGGAGUGAAGACCAAAACACAAGCCCUAGUGCCUCCCGCGCCCAACGCAACGCUAAGAGAGUCCUCAUCUCCAAACCCCUCAAAAAUGUUGAAACCGAAGCGGCUGGUUUCUGUGAAAAACGGCGAUUGUGUUCCUCAAAGGUCUGUUCUCGGCACUGUGACGCCAUCCGGUGGUAGCGGAAGUGCAGUGCCGCUGAAGGCCCGCAGACCCUCAGCUCUACCCACUCCUAUUAGGUCCAGACCAUCAGUACUCUCUCAAUCCACUCCCCAGAGCCAAAUUCGACCAAUUAAAGCCGUGCCUACUCACUGCGCCCCCAACAGCUUACCUCCCAGCGACAGCCCAGAGUCUGUGGAGCUGCCGGUGAUUCAGCCUCUCAACCUGGAGGAGGAGGAGCCUGUGCAAGUGCCACCCACAAUCACUACACCCGACCAAAUGGAGACCACAGCCUCACCGGAUGCACUUUGUCAAAGCAAAUCAGAAACGACAAAAGAGGAACCCAAAAUAGAAGUAAUUAAAAUGCAAGAGAUUCUGCUUUUGGACCUCCCGACUCCAGCUCUUCAGCCUCAGGAGAAAUUGCUCAUUGAUCUGAGCAACACUCCGAACCUGAUUCGGACCAAGACUUCCGCCUCAGAGCUCAUUGAUCUCAGUUCUCCACUGAUCAAGUGGAGUCCAGACGACAAAAAGGAAAAGGACGCUCUCCUCAUCAACCUGUCCUAUUGA